CGGCCAUCUUAGAGCUACCGCGGUAACCGACACUCAUCUUCUGGAUUUUAUUUUUCUUGUAGGAGAAACAUUCCGCCCGACUGACAAAGGAAGAAGAAGGUUUUUUUUUGUUUACUUCGCCGCGGUUGAACUCGAAGUCGUGAUGCGGUUCCUGGGGAAUACACGAUCUGCAUCCGCUGCUGUCGGACUGGUCCUCGGACUAUUAUGUGCGGUGGAGGCAGCGAAAGUCAAUAAGCACAAACCAUGGAUCGAGACGACGUACCACGGGAUCGUUACGGAAAACGAUGACAAAGUACUUCUGGACCCUCCUCUAAUUGCACUGGACAAGGAUGCUCCUCUACGCUACGCAGAGAGUUUUGAGGUGACCCUCACCGAAGAAGGUGAGAUUUGCGGCUUCAGGAUCCACGGGCAGAAUGUCCCGUUCGAGGCGGUGGUCCUCGACAAGUCCACUGGCGAGGGGGUCAUCCGAGCCAAGGACAAGCUGGACUGCGAGCUGCAGAAGGAGCACACCUUCACCAUCCAAGCCUACGACUGUGGAGAGGGUCCCGAUGGAGCCAACAUGAAGAAAUCCCACAAGGCCACGGUCCACAUCCAGGUAAACGACAUCAAUGAGUAUUCCCCAGUGUUCAAGGAGAAGUCCUACAAAGCCACCGUUAUCGAGGGAAAGAAGUAUGACAGCAUCCUGAAGGUGGAGGCAGUGGAUGCUGACUGCUCCUUCCAGUUCAGCCAAAUCUGCAACUACGAGAUCGUCACUCCCGAUGUGCCCUUCACCGUGGACAAAGAUGGCUUCGUCAAGAACACAGAGAAACUGAACUACGGCAAAGAGCGCAUGUACAAGCUGACCGUGACGGCCUACGACUGUGGAAAGAACCGUGCCUCCGAGGACGUUCUGGUCAAGAUAAGCGUCAAGCCCACCUGCAAACCCAGCUGGCAAGGCUUCAAUAAGAGGAUUGAAUACGAGCCUGGCACAGGUAGCCUCGCUCUUUUCCCCAGCAUGCACUUGGAGACCUGUGAUGAGCCAAUCACGUCUCUCCGCGCCACCAUUGACCUGGAAACCAACCAUAUUGGCAAGGGCUGCGACCGUGACACCUACUCUGAGAAGUCUCUGCACAAGCUGUGUGGAGCCAGCUCCGGCACCGUGGAGCUUCUGCCGGCACCCAGCAGCUCCGCAAACUGGACAGUAGGUCUGCCCACCGAUAACGGGCACGACAGCGACCAGGUGUUUGAGUUCAAUGGCACCCAGGCCAUCAAGGUCCCUGAUGGCCUGGUGAGCACCAGCCUGAAGGAGCCCUUCACCCUCUCUGUGUGGAUGAGACAUGGCCCCGGGGCCCGUGAGAAGGAGACCAUUCUCUGCAACUCUGACAAGACAGAGAUGAACAGGCACCACUACUCGCUGUACGUCCACAACUGCCGGCUGAUCCUCCUCCUGCGCCAGGACCCAUCGGAGGCAGAGAACUACAAACCAGCCGAGUUCCACUGGAAACUGGACCAGGCGUGUGACAAAGAGUGGCACCACUAUGUGCUGAAUGUGGAGUUCCCCACGGUGUCUCUGUUUGUGGAUGGCACUACAUUUGAGCCCUUCCUGGUUACAGAGGACUACCCACUGCACUCCACCAAGAUCGAAUCGCAGCUCACCAUUGGUGCCUGCUGGCAAGACAACUCAGGACAUGACAAUGACACUGAGUCAGUCUCUGAGCCCACCUCAGGUGGAAAUGCUAAAAUGGCUCAGUUUUUCCGGGGUAACCUAGCGGGGCUGAUGAUCCGCUCUGGAAAGCUGGAGAACAAGAAGGUGAUCGACUGUUUGUACACCUGCAAGGAAGGACUGGACGUGCAGCUGCCUGAGGAGGUGGCUUCCGCUGUCAAGGUGGAGUUCAACCCCAACCAAUCCUCUCUGACCGUGGAGGGCGACGAUAUUGAUGCCUUUGACAAGGUCAUGCAGCACAUCUCCUACUUGAACUCGCGCCAGUUCCCGACCCCUGGCAUCAGGCACCUCCGCAUCUCCACCACCGUCAAAUGCUUCAACGAGGACUCCUGCGUCACAGUGCCAGAUGCCGAAGGUUACGUGAUGGUGCUGCAGCCUGAAGAGCCCAAGAUCAGCCUGAGUGGCAUCGACCACUUUGCCCGCAGCGCUGCCGAAUUCGAGAGCCAGGAAGGUGUGACGCUUUUCCCUGAACUUCGCAUUGUGAGCACCAUCACCCGCGAAGUGGAGGCCGACACUGAGUAUGAAGCGACGGAGGGAGCUGAUGAUGACCCUACGGUCCAAGAGACAGUGGUGUCGGAAGAGAUCGUGCACAACCUGGACACGUGUGAAGUGUCUGUGGUGGGAGACGAGCUGGACGGGGAGCACGAGGGCCUGGAGGUGGACAUGGCCCAGCUGCAGCAGCACGGCCUGGAGAUGAGCUCCUCCAACCUCGGCCUCGUCGUCACCGGUGUGAACACCAUGGCCAACUACGAGCAGGUCCUGCACCUUAUCCGUUACAAGAACUGGCACACCGAGGCUCUCUUCGACCGGAAAUUCAAACUGGUGUGCUCCGAGCUCAACCGUCGCUUCAUCAGCAAUGACUUCAAGGUCGAGGUGAAUGUCAUCCACACAGCCAACCCUGUGGAGCAUGCCAACAAUGCCAUGGUGCAGCCCAACUUCAUUAACCCUGUGCAUCACGCCUCGGUGGAUCUGACCGGUCACAACCUGGUCAACGCUCACCAGGCCUCAGUCAUCCCCAGCGCUGCCACCAUUGUCAUCGUGGUGUGCGUUAGCUUCCUGGUGUUUAUGAUCAUCCUGGGCGUGUUCCGCAUCCGCGCCGCACACCAGCAUACCGCGGGAGACCAGGAGAACGGCAAGGAGAACGAGAUGGACUGGGACGACUCGGCCCUCACCAUCACCGUCAACCCCAUGGAGACGUACGAGGACCAGCACAGCAGCGAGGAGGAGGAGGAAGAGGAGGAGGAGAGCGAGGAUGGAGAGGAGGAAGAUGACAUCACGAGCGCUGAGUCAGAGAGCAGCGAAGACGAGGAGAGCGCGGAGCCAGAGGACCAGCAGGGGGUCAGCAGACAGCAGCAGCUGGAGUGGGACGACUCCACCCUCACUUACUAAAACAUCACACACACACACACACAUAACGCUCAACACAGGCUCUCACACACACACACACACCAUCUCACACAUACUCACUGCUCCACACACUCCGACCUCCCUACAAAAAAAAUACAAAAAAAGCAAAACUAGAUUUCCUUCCGCGUAUCUAUGGUCACGGCGUUCCUGUUGUUAUCUUAGCGGUGGUUCUCGGUGUCGUGUAGUCAUCACCGCAUUGCGGAUUUUUACUGUUCAUUAUUUUAUUUAUUACAUUUUAAUUUCCAGGGAAACUUGGCCUACAUUUGUUCUGAACGGAGUGAAGAAGCCAACCCUCCACUUUUUCGUUUUCUCUCAGACGUAAAGCUUUCAAACGGAGACUUUUUGCCCUCUGAUUUCUUUGCGUGAUGCUCGUAGGAUCGUUUGCCGCUAACCUCGCGUAUCGCUUUGACUUGAGUUAUCUCGACUUGUUGUCCACAGUGAAGCGAAACGACGCUUUUAAACAAAUAGAUCGCAUUUUUCUUUCUUUCUUCUUUUAGUGCAUGAGAAUAUUUGAGAAGUCACAUGUGUAGGGAAAUAAAUUGCUUUUUAAAGAUUUUUGUAAAUAUAAAGAAACCAUGUAAUUAGUCGAUGUGUUAGUGAAGGCCUACUCAACAGGGUCCAAUAUCUAAAAUGACGCAGUUCGUAAUGUAGAAUAUUUGUGUCACACAGGCUGUACGCAUGUCGCUACAUUUCUGCAAAAGCUUUUCAUCAUGCUUGUACAAAAAUGUCUGCUUCACGAUGAGAAACCCGGGACUGUUGAGCGGAAGGUUUCCACGACAAAGUGGUGUCCAUUUUGUCUUCUUUUUGUUGUUGCAAAGAGUAAAAUCAAUUAUUUUGCUUUCUCGUAGGCAGGACCGGUGGCUGGGUUCAUACGUUGCUUUGCUUCGCUUGCACAAUGCUCCACUGCAGGCGUCGGUGUAUUUCAUUCCCAUUAGAUCUCACUGUUGUACAGAGGGGAUUUUCUUUUUGUUCAGAUUAAUCAUACUCAGAAAUGCUAAUGUCAAACAAUCUACAUUUCGUGUGGAUCAGGACGAACACUCAGCCGGCGAGGAGCUGCAGUGCUGUGGAUCUUGAACUAUGGGUCCGAAUGUUUCUGCCAGAGAAUUUGGACGAGCGGCGCGAUUUCCUCAGCAGCUUUAAAAGCCCUGCGUGCGUAUCCCAGUAUCCCAGUGUCCCAGUGCUGCUGUGUGGACAGACGUAGGGUGCAAGACCCCCCCUCCCCUCCCCCCCUCACUACUGAGAGAGCAGAGGCGUGACCGACAGCUUUAGUGGAGUUGAAUAGUGCAGUUGCUGGCAUCGUUUUGAGGGAGAGUAAUCAAAGUACUUUUCAGGAUUGUUUUAAUUGCAAGUUCCGUUUCCAUGGCGCGGCUAUUUAACCUGAAAUAAUAAUAAUAAUAAUGGAGACGUAUGUUAGAGGCAUUUUUUAACUGGUUCCAAUCGCAGAAUAUGCACCGUCUUUAUCGCAGCGCAAGGAAUUACAACCGAGGUAAUGACUGCAUAGUUUACAGACAGAAAACAGUUUGAGAAUGAAUCUUCUUCUUCUUAAAAUGAACUAUUUUUUUUGCCGUAGACCACUAGAUUUUAUUGUACAUGUAACUGUACCGUAGAGUGGUUCUAAGAUAUUUGUUUACAUUUGGUAAACUUAUUUUCCUUCUGGUGUCAGUGUAAAGCUUAUACAAUUGAUUGGGAACAUGUGUCCAGCCUCUAUCUCCUCUCAGUCACUGUUGUACAGAAUAUAUCUCUCCCAACGCCAGAUACAGAGGUUCCUCCACGCUAAACUAUUUGGUGUUUGUCUCAUGUUUUUGGAUACCAGGUUAAAAUGUUAACGCUUUCCCAAACCUGGAUUAAUUAAAGCAAAUCAGAUUUGGGGCAUCAAGCGAACAGAAUGUGGCAUUAUAUAUCGGGAUUAGAGAUGUCGCUGUUUUGAGUCUCAUAUUUAGCGUUCAAGUCUAUUUUUAGAGGCCAAAAUUGAAUUCAAAUACACGUUCAAGGCUUCUUCUGAGGGUUUGAGUUGCACAGUUGUGUUUCUGAGGUUCAAUUAAUGUAUACUUUAUAAAAGAGGUCUGUGGUGGAAAGGUAGUGAACAGUCUCCCCUCCAUGAUGACUUGGACUUUUAAAAAAGGGGGCCAGGUCUGAGCCGGCUGAGAUGGGAGUGCCUUUUUUCCGAUCAUAGCGCAAUUAGCAGGUCUAACAAAAACACUCAUCCGCGCUCUUUUAUUGAGGCCAUUUUUGUUUGUUUAUUUUUUAUUUGUGUUUGUUUAAUGCUAGAUUUCUUACAGAGCUGGGGAUUACAUCUUGUUUCAGUUUGUUGUAACAGUAGUCCACUGCUAGUUUUAUUAAAAGUGAAAAACGUUUUACAUAGAUGUCACGUGUCCAUGUUGAUGUGUAGAGCAAGUAGAUCCAUAUUGUAUGUUCAAUAGAUAUUGUACUAAAUCAUUGACGGAUACACCUUUAAAAAGAUGUACAGUACAUUAUGAAAUUGCUUUGGCAGCAUACAUGGGUAUACUGUUAACGACCUAUUUGUGUAUAGUGGAAGGUAAUUUUGAACAGCGUCCUAUUGCCUGAGUUGUUGAGAAAUGAUUUUGAGGGCAGCAUGAAAUUCACAAGAACCAGAGUAUAAGCCUGUCGAAAUUCUCCGUUUCAUGACGUCAAACACUUAAUGUCCAUAUUUCAUCUGCAAUUUUAAAGUCCACCACCAUGGGUCACUGAUACGUGCACACUGAAUCAUGAGUCAAGUCUCCACUGGGACUCCACCACCUCCAGUUUUCUGGGCUUGGCGCUGUCUGACCAGCCCCCGAGCUCAGUGUAAGUUGGUUGAAUUGAAUGUCACUGCCUAACAAACUGAAAUGCAGCCAGACUGUUAUUACAAUAAGAUUUAAGGGGAAUUUAAUUUGCAUGAACCACAAGUUUGUGUACGUUCCAUGUGGGGUUGUGAGACAGGAGACGUGACACACUACUGAUUCUCAGAAUGUCUGUUUCACACGUCCACGACACUCCAGAUAUAUAUAUUUUUCUUUUCUUUUAAAAAUGUGCUCAACACCGAAGGUGGCGAUGUUUUCAGGACGGUUGAAUGCUUCCUUUGUGCUUGUUGGAGCUGCUCUCACUUUUCUACCAAUUCAAAGGCAAAUUGUAGUGAAGUUGAUGCUUGCUCAUAAACAAAAUAAAGGAUGAUUGAGAUGGGGUAUAA